UGGGUUUGUCUUCUGCGAGACGUCGCGUUAACAGCAAAUUCACGAACAAUAAUCAACGACACUGUUUGUCCAACGGUUCAGAGCCCCCUCCCUCUGAAUACCAACUCUCCCACACAAUGGGCUCAAGAUGAAUGAUUGCGUUUCUGCUCGGGCGGUUCUGAAGCUUUAAACCUGUGGUUCUUGUUAAUCAUCGAAAGCACAAAGUAAGCGCGGGCCAACGUGUCAGUUACGUGAACUCCCCUCGCCUGCCACGCGACCGUGGCACAACGCCGCCGCCUGCCACCACUGCUGCGGGUUCGGGUUCGUGGGUCAUCAACGUCCGUUGUGUCCCUGCGCAGGUGAGCGAGGCGAGCGAGACAAGCCGGCGAGCGCGCCCACAAACAGCCACCACCAAACCGACCGACCGACCGACCGCCAUGAGCUGCUACAAGUUCCUCCGCGGGAUGAUGAUCUUCUUCAACGUUAUCGUGUUUCUCGGCGGAAGCCUCCUGCUGGGAGCCGGCGUCUGGAUCAAGGUCGACGGAAGUUCGUUCACGCGCAUCCUGGGGCCCGACCUGGCCGUCCACUUCGUGAACGUCGGCUACUUCUGCAUCGCGGCCGGCGGGCUGCUCAUCCUGCUUGGCUUCCUGGGAUGCGCCGCCGCCUGCAAGGAGAGCAAGUGCAUGCUCAUGACGUUCUUCACCAUCGUGCUCAUCAUCUUCAUCGCCGAGGUGGCUGCCGGGAUAUCGGCUCUGCUCUACGGCUCCCUGGUGGCGAGCCUGCUGCAAGGGCAAGCCGUGAAGAGCAUCAAGGAAGACUACGGGCAACCGGGUCCCAAGCAGGUCGUCACCGACGCGUGGAACGCCAUCAUGCAGAAGUUCCAAUGCUGCGGCUUCACCAACUACACGGACUUCGAUGGCUCGAAAUUCAGCCCGGGGUACAAUUUGUACCCGACACUAUGCUGCCCCUCCUACAACCUCACCUUGUCACCGACUGCCGCCUCCACCAUCUUCUCCACCGCCUCCAACUCCACCUCCUUCAACGCGACCUCCUCCUCCCCCGCCUCCACCUCCUCCUCCUCCCCCACCACCUCCUCCUCCGCCACCACCUUGAACUCCACCCUGGCGGGCACCUUCAAUUCCACCUCCUCCGUCCCCUCCAGCGCCAACACCACCUUCUCCUCGUCAUCCUCGACCAGCGGCACCUGCAGCAACCCCUACCGCACGGGUUGCUACGAUCAGCUGAAGUACCUCUUUGAGAAGAACGCCUACAUCAUUGGAGGCAUCGCUGCAGGCACCUGCGGACUUGAGCUGGCUGCCAUGAUUGUAGCGCUUAUACUGUACUGUCAAGUGGACAAGCAUUGAUCACCACACACCGCACCGCACCACACACCACACACCCACACCACACACCCACACCGCACCGUACCACACACCCACACUGCACACCGCACCACACACCCACACCACACCACACAUCCACACUGCACACCGCACCACACACCCACACUGCACACACCACACCACACAUCCACACUGCACACACCACACCACACAUCCACACUGCACACUGCACCGCACCGCACCACACACCCACACUGCACACACCACACCAAAGAUCCCCCGUGUAGCCUCUAACAGACUGUCGGGGCAAGUGCUGUUCGCGAGCACUUACGAAGGCCGGCACGGCACACGAGGGGGUGGGUGGCCAGCACCACGCCCGGCCGCCUUUGUCUCCCCAGUGGCGAUGUUUACCACACACCGCACCAGGUACUCAUUUGAGGCUGAGUCGAACUAGGGGAGGCCCAGAACCGGUUCAGAUAAUCGUCACUGGGUGUUGUUGGCCGUGAGUGGGAAUCGAUCCCGGGUUGCUACACCACCGCUCACCACACAUCUCACCACACAUCUCCCCACACACCUACAAUGCCACGGUAUGCACUGUACCACAGUACAUACAAUGCUACAGUGUGCACUGUACUACAGUACAUACAGUGCGCACUGUACUACAGUACACACUGCGGUACAGUGCGCACCCGUGGUAAGAUUGCGCGCCAACACUUAAAACCUCAGGGCACCCGUGAAUUGUCGGUGUUGUUUAAAGAUGUUACAACAACAACAACAACUUUAAAUAUUUGUUUUCUCUCUCCUCUCUUGAGACAACUCCCGCGUUUUAUGAAAUGCCAUUUUUGCCGUCGCAUUUUUUUUCUUAAUAAUGUUUUUAUUGUUAGUUUUUGCACAUUGCACCUCCAAUUUGUUUUUAAAUUCUUGCCAAGGUCAAAUACAAAUGACACCCUGCCACCUUGGGGGGGGGGAGGUGGAGGUGGGGCAACGCUGACUAUGACUAUAGUUUGCAUAUCGAGAUAUACCACCACACCUGGAAACCCCUUAUAAGUGCUCCUCUACCUUAUUACAGAGCAAUUCUGAAUUUAUUGGUCAUCCCGUGGCCUUAUAAAUAUCAACGUUCAUGCUAUACACUACACUAUACACUACACUAUGCACUAUACACUACAAUACUACACUACACUAUACACUACAUUACUACACUACAAUACUACACUACACUAUACGCUCAACUAUACACUACACUAUACACUACACUAUACACUACACUAUGCACUACACUAUACACUACUUCUACACACCUUAUUACAGACCAAUUCAGACCGUCUUGGUCACCCCGUGCCCUGAAUCCUACAAAGUCCCAUCACGCCGGAGAAACACAAACAAACUCAAUUUCCCUGGACAAGAACACGGGGUCAAACCGCGUGGGUUUGACGCGGUAAUGCAAAUACGUAAACACAAAUGUACCCCCCCCCCCCCAUCAUCACACUCCAAUUUCGAGUCACUUUAGCCCAGGGGUGGGUCUGGUAGAUGGAGCUCAGUGUCCCGGAGUCCCAUCUCGACCCCUUGGGGGUGUGCCAUGGUUUUUUUGCCGUGGAUUUUAACACGUAGUAGCAGCAGUAGCAGGAGGCUUUUGCCACCAAUAUCCAUUAGAGGUGUUUUUUUUUAGGGGGGCUGGGGGGGUUAGGGGCCGUCCAUAAAUGACGUCACGUACCUGGUGGGGGGGGACGGUCAGACAUUUGUGACGAUGUGUGACGAGGGGGGGGUAGGGUUUGAGAAAUGUGACGUCACGUAAAAAUUCGCAAGUUUAAAUAAAUAUAGAAUUGUUAUAACAACACUAAUUGUUAUAACAGCACUCCUACAACAUCAGAGUGCAUCGCCACAUUAAAUACGCACUACAAUGACAAUAGUUUAAAGCGAUUUGAAGCAUGUUUUAUUUUCAGGAGGGGGGGGGGGCAGAGCUUUGUGACGUCAUUUGAGGGGGGGGUGUCAAAAAUCGUUGUUUAGGGAGUUUGUGUCGCGUAAAGACAGAACGCGGCCCGUGAACUCCACGGAUUGCGUGUUGGAGACAUUUACAAUUUGAGAGCGACGUUUCGCCGGUGACUACAACCUCAACAUCGUGAUGAUGACUGCUGCGGGAU